AUGGGGGGAGUCUGUUGCAGUAAGGAUGGCAUGUACAGAGAGUCGUCCAUGGAGGAAGACGUGGAUGAAAGGGAAGACGAAGUUGAUGAAGAGGAUGAUAUCCGGCAUGGAGACGGCGGGGCUCGUAUAAGGUUGCAAGGGCCUUCGAGGUUCACAUCCAUGUACACCCAGCAAGGAAGAAAAGGAAUCAAUCAAGAUUCCAUGACAGUUUGGGAGGGUUUUACUGGUGAUAAAGAAAUGUUAUUCUGCGGCGUGUUCGAUGGUCAUGGUCCCUCCGGGCACAAAGUUGCACGCCAUGUACGCGACACUUUACCCUUAAAUCUCUCCGCAGCACUUAAAUUCUCAAGAAUCAACCGCAGCAAAUAUAGUGACGUUGAUUUGGUUGAUGAAGACGAUGAUGAUAAUCACAACAACAAUGACGAUACCAUACAUUGCGUUAGCGAUAAUAACAGUAGAAAUCUGUCUUUGCCUUCAUGGGAGGCCAGUUUGCUUGAAACUUUCAAGGAAACUGAUGAAGUACUUUGUCAAGAUUCCUCCAUUGAUAGCUUUUGCAGUGGUAGCACAGCGGUAGCUGUAGUUAAACAGGGUUGCCACUUGAUAAUUGCCAACUUGGGAGAUUCUCGUGCGAUUCUUUCCACUAGAGGAGACAAUAAUGAACUUCUUCCUAUUCAACUCACAGCUGACAUGAAACCUGAUAUUCUAAGUGAAGCUGAAAGAAUCAGAAAUUGUAGAGGCAGAGUUUUUGCAAUGCAUGAAGAACCUGAUGUUUAUAGAAUAUGGAUGCCUGAUGAAGACUGCCCUGGUCUUGCUAUGUCAAGGGCUUUCGGAGAUUUCUGCCUCAAAGAUCAUGGCCUCAUCUCAACCCCUGAAAUUUCCUAUAGGAAGCUUACAGACAAUGAUGAAUUUAUCGUUCUAGCAACCGAUGGAGUGUGGGAUGUAUUAACAAACAUUGAAGUUAUAAGAAUCGUUGCUUCUUCAAAGAAGCGAUCCAUGGCAGCCAAAUUGUUGGUAAAACGUGCGGUUAUAGCGUGGAGGCGUAAAUACCCAUGUUCCUCUGUUGACGAUUGUACAGCCAUAUGCUUGUUCCUCACAAACCCACCAACUACGUUGACCAGGCCGGCGCCGGGGCCGGGAGUAAUGACGGCCUGUGAUGCAAGCUGCUCACGGCCGCUAGAUAGGUCUAUGUCCUUCAGAUGUAAACGGCAAGGCUCAAAGAAAGUGAAGUAAUUAAACUCGGUUUUGACGAUUGCUGUGUCUUCAACCCCUAGAUAGGUCUAUGUCCUUCAGCUUUAUCAAUUGAAGCACUUUUUUAGGAGUAUGAAGCUCGUUAGCAGAGUGAUUUUCUCGUCGGAU